AGACUGGGGAGAGCUGCAGAGUGCGACUGGCAGGCAGAGAGCAGCCUGAGAAGUUUUCAGCUUAGUUGUCGAUCUAGAAAGCGGCGUUUCUUCCAGUGGGAACUGUUCAGAGAGUGCGCAUGAGCAGAUGGGACAGAUAUGAUGACUUCCUUUAUAGCCUCCGGCAGAGACUGAUGAAAGAUGUGCCACUUGUGGCUGGGGUUAAGCCUUGAUGAAAAGCUGGGAAUGAAGCCUGCCCUGAAUCUAAACUCCCUGCAAGCAGUGCUGCAGCUGCUGCUGUAGCCUCUCUGGCUUCCUGGAGACUUCACCAGGUACUGUAUAAGACAUCUUGCUGUGAUCAAAUACUAGAAAUCUUUUUCCUGUUGGAAACUAUGCAACUGCUACGGCUGGCGCUCAAGAGCACGUCGGCACACUGAGUUCAAAACAGCUUAUUUUCGAUAACAUCUCUCAGGAGGUCAGCUUCCUCUCUUUGCUUGUACACAGCAAACUACAUUUAAAGCUCCCAAGCAAUGCAAAGCUAUUUUAGAUGUCCUCUCGCUAUUCUGGGACUAUGCACCAACCUGUAAUUUUGAAAUUAGCAGGUGUAGCCCUGCUGGUCCUGUGAGUAAGGCAGUUGUGAAAGGCUCUGUCACGCAAAGCAUGAUGGGUUGGAACAUAUCCAUAAACACUGCCUAGAACAAUAUGAUUCUCUUUGACAAGUCUGGGGAAUUGGAAAAAGAAAUUACGACUUCAGCCAUAUACACACUCACCCACUGAACACAAUAGAUCUUACAUCUGACUGAAGAAGGGCAAGUCUGGGCUGUAGAUGUGUCAAAUCAUAGGGGGUCAUAGUGAGAACCUCAUAGCUAGCAAUACAACUGUUGCACAAUUGGUAUGUAUAAUUCAAUAUACUAUGCAUUAAAGGGGGGAGCAAACACUGCAUUGAGCUAUUGCUAUGAAUUCCAUUAAAUUUGUGUGUUUAGCUUGUUUUCUUUUUGCAUUGCCCUAUGUUGUGGACAACACUCAGUAAAGUGGGUGGCAUUUCAGUGUUUUGACUUACUUUGAGUGGGCAGCAUUCUCUUCCGUGCAAUUUUUUAUUGUUGUUGUGGAAAAAACAUCUAAGACUUGCAUGCACUUUCUGCUGGCCUUUCUGGUGGGGUUAUCUAUUCUUCUUCAAGUUCCUGAACACCAGAGACAAAUCAUAGACCUGUCAGGAGCUGCUGGGGUUUGUGGACAGCCUCUAGUGGUGGCUGAGUAAAAUUCCAUCAAGACCAAAACCAGGGGUGGGAAAACCCACAAGCAAAACGUGGUCCUUCAUGUGUUUUGCGAACCUAGAAUAUGCCAUUCAAAUCUGCAAGUGCCUUCUUCUUUCAUGGAGAGAGGACGGAGAGUGACAGUGAGUCUGUGUAGCUAUUACCAGACCCUCCUAUUACCAGUCCCUAUUUUCCAGGGACUGAGAAAGAGCCCCAAUUGUGUACAAAUGCCAAAUUAACAACUGGAAACAUUGCCACAUUUAACACAAGUAAACUGUUCUAUUUGGUUAUUAAUUAACUCUGGCAAAGAAUAAAGUGUUUCCUACCAAAUGGCAAGGUCUACUGAUAUCUUAGUCAAUGCACUACAGUGGUACCUCAGGUUACAGAUGCUUCAGGUUACAGACACUUCAGGUUACAGAAUCCGCUAACCCAGAAAUAGUACCUCGGGUUAAGAACUUUACCUCAAGAUGAGAACAGAAAUCACACACCGGUGGCAUGGCAGCAGUGGGAGGCCGCAUUAGCUAAAGUGGUACCUCAGGUUAAGAACAGUUUCAGGUUAAGAAUGGACCUCCAGAACGAAUUAAGUUCUUAACCCAAGGUACCACUGUAUUUGCAUUUUCUGGAAAGUAGACAGUUUCUUUGAUUGUCCUAAAUGUAAUAAUCCUUUGUGUAAACACCAGCUCAUGUCUUGUAGCUGUGCAGAGUCAAGUUUGUUAAUCUUUCUCCCGAGGGUAUGGUAGAGAUUCUGAACAUUCCUUGCUUUCAAGCCUUCUUGACCCCAUGGAUGCCUUUGAGAGCAGACCUCCUUCAACUUGCCUACCUUGAUCCCAUCCCUUUCACUAACCACCCCCAUUUCCCCACAUCUUCCCUAUGUUUGGUUAGGAACCUUAAGGGAAUACAAGCCUCGUGUGCUCUUCUGAGGAGAACUUUUCUAGUUUUAAGCCACUUCCAAGGGCCCCAGGUUGCUUGCUUGGAACCACACGAAAGCCGCUACUUCUCCUUUUCUCUGGAAAAGGUAAUGGUUAGUGUUUUAUUCCUUCUGUUUCACUCUGGCUGCAUGCACACCAUGAAUUUAAAGCACCUGUAAAUGUUUUGUUGCUUUCAGAAAGUACAGAUAGGAAUGCUCUGCCUUAUGCUGUUCCACAAAAAAGGGGCAGCCUUACAGAAAGUUACUAGAGAGUGGGCUUCUGAUAUUUUAAGGACUUGGGUGAGAAUCUGCAGUGACCUAUGAGGUAUAUAAGGGAUAGGCAGUCUAAUACUGAGAUGCAUAGGGUCUUAUAUGUUAGAACCACUACAUUGAACUUGGUCCAGUUGAAAGCCAGUGCAAAUCAGUCACAAGCCCACAGGUAGUUUGACUGAGAUCUGUCAGUCAAGACUACUAUUCAAAUAACUAUUCCCAAAUAAUAAGAAACCUAUGGACACUUUUCUGUCCACAAGUGUGGUGACUACCUGUGUGACUGCCAUAGAAAGGGAGAGCUGCUUCCCAUCCAUAGCUGUCUAGGGAGACUCCAUGUCUGUACCAGUUUUCAGGCAGCUUUUCAUGUAGUAGCCAUAAGAUAAGAAAAGACAGUGGCUCCCAGUGUUAGAGUGAACCAGAACAGUGUUUCACAAUACAAUGUUUAAGAUUCACAGCAACAUGAGACAUCAGGUGCCAGUAAACUAUAUUGUUAGAAAUAAUGUAUACUGUUGCACUGUUCUGAACCGCAUUAAGAAACUAAUUGCAGGAAGGGGAUGUUUGCACUCUUGAAACAAGUCAUAGAAUUGAAGAAUUGUAGAGCUGAAAGGACACUUAAGGGACAGGAAUCUCAGCAUAGAAGCAAAGAUUCAAGCAGACUUCAGUGCUUACCAGUGCAAUCCUAGGCGUGUUUAGUGGAAAUCUCAGAGUUCAUUGGGUUUAUGAUUGCUAUGUGGGUGGGUGGGUGGGGGUGUUUUAGAUAAACUGCCUCAGGAGGAGAUGCAGUUUUGCAACAGCAAAAAAUCUGAUAGAACCACCAAUUAUUUUUUACAUGAAAGCCCCCAUAUCUACGAUACUUGGUGUGCAGAACAAGAAACUUAACCUUCCUUUGGAGGCUUGCAAAAGUUGAGUACAGUGGACGCUCGGUUUGUGAACGUGAUCUGUGCUGGACGUUCACAACCUGCAGCGUUUUGGCGCUUCUGCGCAUGCGCAAAGCACAAUUUAGUGCUUCUGCGCAUGCACGACUGCUGAAACCUGGAAGUAACCCAUUCUGGUACUUCCGGGUUGUGGCGAUCCGCAACCCGAAAAAACGCAACCUGAAGCGGCUGUAACCCGAGGUAUGACUGUAAACCUUUGCAUGCCCUUAAACGUGACUGGCUGAAAGCACUGGAAGUGUCUCCCCGCAGGAAAGAACAUUCUUUGCAGCAUAACACUGAGCUGCAUGCACUUAAAAAAGAAAUGAAAAAGGCAAGUCUCCAAUCAUGUCACUGAAAGAAAUGUUGUUUUACCACAACAAAAAUGAAGUGGAACAGCACAGUAAUAAGCCCGUCCCCUCAUGGCAUAAGAAGGUAGUUAUAAGAAGGUAUAAAGAAGAAGAAGAACUCUGUUCCCCAUCUUAUUGCAUAGAACAGAAGUUUGUAUGCCUCCUUCAGUAUGCUCUUUUCUUCCUUUUAAAUGAAUAUAGAAAGAUUUAACAUCUAUAUAUUGUCAUUAUCCAGAUCUUCUCUAGUAUUGGUGUUGUGUUCUCUUUUCUUUUUUAGAUUCUUCAUUGCAGUAUAUCUACAACGUGGCAAUCCCUGAAAGAGGUCAUGUGGUAUGUAGCACAUUACUAGAAUUAGAUGGUGUUUCGUUAUAUGUUGUUGUUUUUUUAAAAAAAAAAUUCCAAUAGCUUAUUAAUGCAAUGGGAAAGCAGUGUGCUUCUCCAUAAUUGCUGUAUUUUGUUGUAUGACUUUAGGUAAAGGUAAAGGGACCCCUGACUGUUAGGUCCAGUCGUGACUGACUCUGGGGUUGCGGCACUCAUCUCGCUUUAUUGGCCGAGGGAGCCGGUGUACAGCUUCCAGGUCAUGUGGCCAGCAUGACUAAGCCGCUUCUGGCGAACCAGAGCAGGGCACGGAAACGCCGUUUACCUUCCCGCCAGAGCGGUACUACUUGCACUUUGACGUGCUUUCGAACUGCUAGGUUGGCAGGAGCAGGGACUGAGCAACGGGAGCUCACCCCAUCACGGGGAUUCGAACCACCGACCUUCUGAUCAGCAAGUCCUAGGCUCUGUGGUUUAACCCACAGCGCCACCCGCGUCCCGUGUAUAACUUUAACAUGGCUUAAAUAAACUUUCAUUCAUAAUAAUGAACUUUCAUUCAUAAUAAUCCACCUGUUGAUUAAUAAGGAAACCAGUGCAAAAAAUAAUAAUCUUGUAUUAGAAAGCAAAGCAUAUGGAAACUACAACAAUAUGCUUUAUGGUGUGUCAAAUGGAUAUUCUUGAGUAAUAUGAAACAAAAAACCCAACUUGGCAGUUUUUAAUGGGAGCUGCUUGAAGGCAGUAACUUGUCUGUUGGUCACGCACCCGUAGGAGCAAGAUGCUACACAUGUGUACAUCACAUAUAAUAAAACUGGCGGUCAGUGUUCAGAGGAACAUUAUGGUUUGCAUUUUAUUUCAGGUUCAUGCCCUUGCAGGGCUGCAUGGUGACAUUUUUCUCAGACAGCUACCUAUUGCCCAGCUAAUCAUACUGCUGCCCUCUGUGGUUUCACGCUGCUUAAUGGUGAAAUUAGCUAAUAGAUGAAUCUAUAGGAUGAAUACGCAAAAUUAAAGUUCCUUUUUUAAAAAAGCCAUAUUAAAAUAUUUUCACUCUCUUAGAACCUACAUGUUCCUUUGCAGCCUUUCAUGAGGAAAGUUACUAUGGAGUGUGAAUAGGAUGAGUUAAGAUAGUACAACACACCCAUAACAGUUAAUCAUCUUUCAUCUUUCCAGGAGACAUCCAUGCUCACCUCUAGCUUUGGUGCUAUUGCUAAAUUCACUGGAACUGCAAGCUUCAGUCAGCUAUAAGCCCAACUUUCUCAUCUUCCUGGCUGAUGACUUUGGCAUUGGGGAUCUCGGCUGCUAUGGAAAUGAUACAAUCAGGUAAAGGCUUAUGCAGAUGUGUGAUAGCCUUCCACGACACAUUCUAUAAAUAUGCAUGAUAUUAAAUGUCAGGUGCUAGUGCCAGGCACUAAUUUUAUUUAUCUAUUUCUCAUUGUAUUUAAUAAAUAAUAAUAAAUCUAUUGCCUUUUAAACUGUGUGGGGUGUUUUUGUUUGUUAUAGUAGUAUGUGUUUUUGUGUUUUUAUAUUGUAAGCAACCCUAUGAUCUGCAGAUGAAGGGUGAAAUAAAAAUUUGAUUCAUUCAUUCAUUCAUUCAUUCAUUCAUUACAUCCUACCUUUAUUCUAAGAAGCUCAAGGUGACAUACAUGGCUCCCUACACCAAUCCAUAUUAUCCUAACAAUCCUAUGUGGUAAGUUAGGCUCAGAGUUACUGUAGUAGCCAGCCCACGGUCACCCAGUGAAAUUCAUGUCACGACUGAAUGUGGAUUUGAACUCAGGUCAAUCAGGUCCUCAUCCAACCACUACACCACAUUGACUUAUAUAAACUGUGGGGAAAUCACCUUUUAAAAUGUGCUUAAUAGAACAAGGCUUGGUAUUAUUAUUAUUAUUAUUAUUAUUAUUGCAGUUUAUUACGAUCCCUUCACCCUAAGGUCCCAGAGCAGGUUGCAACAAUUAAAACACAAUGUGGAUAUUAAAAUACAAUAUUGCAGAAUAUUUAAAACAGUUUAAAACAGCUUAAGAUACAAUGUAAGCAUUGGCGGAGGUAAAGUCAAGGGUUACAUGUGAAGUACUAAGUAUCUGUGCUAGUUGGCUGUUAUUCAGUUACCUAAGAUUUAUACGAUCUGAGGAGAAGCCAGAGUAUAUUAUUCAGUUACCUAAGGUUGGUCUAGGAAAAUAUUUUAUUUAUUUGUGUGUGUGUGUGUAUAAAAAAAAGAUGUGUGUGUGUGUGUGUGUGUGUGUGUGUGUGUGUGUUGAGGCUGCUACAAUGACACUUUUAAUUGGCUUACUAGGUAGAAAGCUUACAUAGAGGUUAGACUAUCUUUGGUCUUUAUUGUGUGUUUAAUAUGAUUUGUUUAUGGAGAGGUUAUACAGUGGUACCUCAGGUUAAAUACUUAAUUCGUUCCGGAGGUCCAUACUUAACCUGAAACUAUUCUUAACCUGAAGCACCACUUUAGCUAAUGGGGCCUCCUGCUGCCUUCGCACCACCGGAGCCCAAUUUCUGUUCUCAUCCUGAAGCAAAGUUCUUAACCUGAAGCACUAUUUCUGGGUUAGCGGAGUCUGUAACCUGAAGCGUAUGUAACCUGAAGUGUAUGUAAACUGAGGUACCACUGUACAUCCAUUUGCAUUCAGCCUGAAUUGCUUAUAUGUAUUAUAUAUGCUGACAUAGCUCAGCUGGUAGAGCAUAAGACUCUUCAUCUCAGGGUCAUGGGUUUGAGCCUCACAUUGGGCAAAAUAUUCCUGCAUUGCAGGGGGCAGACUAUAUGGUCCUUGGGGUCCCUUCCAACUCUACAAUUGUAUGAUCCUAUUAUUUCCACUAACUGUUCGUUCAUUCCACACCUUUCUGCUCAUUUUCCCAUUUAUGUGCUAAUCACCAAGUCAUGCUGUCGUUUGAAUGCAUUUGUUGUGCUAGGUUGGCAGGACUUCGACCCAUUUACUGGAACCUAAAUUUCCAGUAUGCGCUUGAAUCCUUCUCACAAAAACACGACAGUCUGGAGGUGCCUUUAGUUAUGUAACUUAGACUUCGUCAAGGCAUUCAGUUCCUAGACAUUCUCUGUUUGCUUUAUGAUUACUCAGCUCAAAUAUAUUGCCCUGUUAUUGUUGUUUUCCUUAGGACUCCCAAUAUCGAUCGGCUAGCAGAAGAAGGUGUGAAACUCACUCAGCACAUUUCAGCAGCCCCUGUUUGUUCCCCAAGCAGAGCCGCUUUUCUGACUGGCCGAUACCCCGUAAGAUCAGGUGUGCGGUGUUGUCAAAAGGCACCAUCUAGUCUUAAGUAGAAAUAAUUGCCCUUGGAGACAAUUGUGGAAAUAUUCUUUACAGUUGUACCGAGGUAUUGGAUCUCGAUGGGAAGGCUAAGAGAGGGAGGGCUUUGCUAUGCAGGCUUCACAAAGAUCUGGUUUGUUUUUAAUCUGAUGUCCAUUGAUUAAGAUAAGGAGAGGGACAUCUUAAUCUGCCAUUAGAACUGUAUGCGGACAACUGACUGAAGUUCACAGCCAUAUCACUGGCUAUGUUAUAUAUGAUCACUUUAUCUCAGGUUUGGAUGAAAGGGAUCGUUUCCGUGUCAUUAGCUGGCUUGCUGGUUCUGGUGGGCUUCCUCAGAAUGAAACUACUUUUGCCAAGAUAUUGCAGAACAAAGGCUACACCACUGGCUUAAUAGGUAAGAAAACUUGUGCGCAGCAUUUAGGUGAAAGAAUGUACAAAUGUCAUAGAAGGUCAUGGGGCACAGCAGUAGUCCCCAUCACCACGUCCUUCUGGGAAGAACUUUUUUGUUUCUUCUUCUUCUUCUUCUUCUUACUACUAAUAAUAAUAAUAAUAUUGAAUUUAUAUACUGCCCUAUACCUGGGGGUCUCAGGACGGUUCACAGAAUAAAAAUCAAGAUAUAAAACCACAGAAUACAUAAUAAAUAUAAUGGAUAAUUUUGUGUACCCACUGAAUAAUGGCUGUUGUUAUUAUUUCUUGAUUUUAUUAUCAAUUUUAUCAAUUAUCAGUUUUCAAUCAUCAGUUUUAUUAAUUGAUUCUAUAUUCCUGCUGUUUUAUUAUCUUUAUAACUGAUGAACCUGCUGGAAGCCAGUCUGUAAAUAAAUAAUAACACAUGUGUAAUAAAAUGCAAAAGGAAAUCUUGAACAUUUUUCUCCAGGAUAUAUGCCACUAAUUCUCGCAAGGAAAAACAUUUUAAUGCGGUCUUUCUCAACCUCGGGUCCCUCGAUGUUGUUGUACUACAACUCCCAUCAUUCCUAGCCAGUAUGGCUGGUGGUCAGGGAUGGUGGGAGUUGUAGUUCAAGAACGUUUCAAGGGUGAGGACUGUUUUAAUGUAUGAAAUGAGUUGGACAAUUUGGAAGCCAACUUGUCCAUAUACGUCUGCUUAGCAUGCAUUGGUUGGCAAAAAUGUAACUUUCCCUCCCGAAUUCUGUUUUUCAGGGAAGUGGCAUCUAGGUAUGAACUGUCAAACCCGUGACGACUUCUGCCAUCACCCCUUAAAUCAUGGAUUUGACUAUUUUUAUGGCAUGCCAUUUUCACUGAUGGGUGAUUGCCAAAUUACAUACCCUCCAGAGAAGGAUAUGCCCCAACGAAUCAAGCUUUGGUCCUAUACUCUGUUGAUUGCCCUCGCUGUACUUACACUUAUGGCAGCAAAGCUCACUCAUCUGCUGCCCCUCAGUUGGAAAACAAUUUUCUCCCUGGCUUUGUUUGGUUGCGCCUUCUUUAUUUCCUGGUUCUCAAGCUAUGGAUUCAUAAGAUACUGGGACUGCAUUGUAAUGAGAAACUAUGAAAUUACAGAGCAACCAAUGAAGGUAGAGAGAGCUGCAUCCCUGGUGCUGAGGGAAGCCAUUUCCUUUAUUGAAAGGUAAAACGAGAUUCCUUGUAUGAAUUACAUGGGAUUACAAAUGUGUGAGAGGAAAUGAAGCAUCCAUUGCGUUUGUUUGUUUUUAAAAAGUCUGAUUGUAAUGAAUGUAAUGAUAUUCAAUAGAGGCAGGAGCAACAAGGUCUUUAGAAGAUGUCUCUUAUUAUUUUUCAGUCAGCAAAAUGGCUACUCUACCUCACAUCUCCAGUUGUGGGAUUCUUGAGGCAUUUUGGUUACACAAAAGACUUAGAAUAGUAAGCAAAAGCUACACAAUCAAUUGCUUCAUCUGUCAGAAAGAUGUUUCACUGUAAUUGUACAUCUGCAAAGAGAAUUAUCUUCCCAUAAUUUUAUAGAACCCAAUGAGCCUUACUGGGGUAUUUCAUGCCAUCAGUUAUAGUUUAAUGCAGAAGUGAGAAACUUUUUACAGCCUGUAGACCUUGUAGACAGCAUAGGUGCCAACUCCCUGGGGCCCUGGGUGCCCAAGCACCCACAAAUUCUCCAGCACCCACGGCCCUGGACAUUCACAGUCACGGGGCCAAGUUGGCACUCCUGGUAGACAACCUUCCAGCAACCAUAUUCUAUGGGUGGGCAGAACCAGAAGCAAAAGUGGUUAUAGCAACGAAUGCACUUUGUACAGUAGGCGUGUUUCUAUACCCAGAGAGACACACCACCCUCUAUCCUCCAUUGGGGCAAGCAAGAUGCAUUAUUAGAGUUCAAAUUCUAGCCAAGUAUAAAUACACAGGUGGGUGAAAAGCAUUGCUGGUGAAGGGUGUGGUCUGUAAUUGUCCCUAUUCUGGCUCCCACUCUCAGACUCAUAAAGCCAAUUCUCUGCUUGGCAGAAACCAAAGGUUUCAAGGAAUCAGCCCACAAUCGAUGCUUUAGCUUGGUCUACAGGUUAUAGGGUGUAGACCAUAGGUGUGUAAGCAUAAUUCUAGGAUUGUGCUUGCAAAUGAGUGCUUCUCUGAAGGAGCGCAGUCUGUUCACGCUGGCACAGCUGACAGCAAAGGUUCAGCUCCUCCAACUUCCUCUUUGCCUGAGACUUAGAUAGCCCUGCUAAUUGGAAAUGUCAAGCAGAGGAGGAGGGGUCAGGGGUGGCUCUGGCUUAUGGGAUAUCUGGCAGUGGGGCAAGGUCCUCUCCCAGCACGCUGCUCAGGCCCACCACAUACCCUCUCAUCAGACUCCUCCUCCCCCUCUGACAGAUCUUGACAGCCCCUCUUGGUUGGUAUUAUGGGAUUCAUAACAUCCCCAGGAGGAAGAGAGAAAGGUUUAGAGGGCCACACACACCACAGCUUCCCUAUCCCUUAUUUAAUUACUCCCUCAGUAAAGAUUAUUCACAAGGCACUAACAGAAGUAUCAGAAAACUAUAUAUAAAUUUGUUUUUCUAAACAAUAAUUUGUUGUUGUCGUUUCUGUAGGAACAAGCAAGGGCCGUUCUUCCUCUUUGUUUCUUUUUUACAUGUCCACACACCAGUGGUAACAACAGAAAGGUUCAGGGGAAAAAGCAGGCAUGGAUUGUAUGGUGACAAUGUCGAAGAGAUGGACUGGAUGGUAGGUAAGUCAACCUUUUUUUUUUAAGAAUAUAAAACGGAUGAGCAGAGCAAUCCAAACCCUGAUCCUCUAUGUCACUGUGGAUUCUUUAUAGGAAGGAUUUUGGAUAAGCUUGACAAGGAAAAUUUGAAAAACAGCACACUGACCUAUUUUACUUCUGACCAUGGUGGCCACUUGGAAGCAAGAGAAGGAAAUGCUCCGCGAGGUGGUUGGAAUGGCAUCUACAAAGGUGAGAAUUCUGAGUCCAAUGGAACAGCAGCAGAGCAAGCCGAUCGGGCGCCUGGGGCGGCGCGCCCGAAGGCGGGGCCAGCCACCCAUGGGGGGUCAGCAGCCCACAGCGGCACCAUGGGGCCUCCAAGAUGUCCGCCUGCCUCCUCCCACUCAGCCACCCUACAGCUAGGGGGAGGCAGCGGGUGUACCGUUUGGGGCAGCACGGAGCCUGUGGGCACUCAAGCCACUGCAUCACUCCCAGGAGAGACGCGCGGCUAGGGCGAGCUGCAGGCCCUGUGGUGAGUGCCACCCACCAUUCUGUCACCCCCCUCAGUGAUGACACCCAGGGUGGACAGCACCCACCACAUCCCCUUGCUACAUCCCUGCAAUGGAACAUCCCUUCCCUUCUCCUGUGAAUCAGCUCUGGGGGUAUACCCAACCCUCUGGAACAGAUUUGGGGGAGACCAUUGAGGGAAGGGAAGGUCCACUGCGCACAUGGAAGUCAUUCUGCUCAUGACUCAGUCUUGGGACUGGACAAUGGGAACAUAUCUCAGCCCUGAUUCCAGGCCCAUUUUGAGGCACAAGUAAAAAAAUGCCGGUACUUAAGAUUUUAAAACCCUCCAUGUCUUGGGUCCUGAAAGAUUGCCUUCUUAAACAUAAAGCAUCCCUUGAGCACUGAACAAAUGCCUCUGUUUCCCCAGAUAGAUAAAUAGAUAGAUAGAUAGAUAGAUAGAAAUAUAGAUAUAUAGAGAUAGAUAAAGAUAGAGAUAGAUAGAGAUAUAUUAUUAGUGGGAGUACUGUUUUUCUCAUAGAUUCAUAGAAUUGUAGAGUUGGAAGGGAUCCUGAGGAUCAUCUAGUCCAACCCCCUGCAAUGGAGGAAUGUGCAGCUGUCCCAUACAGGGAUCGAACCUGCAACCUUGGCAUUAUCAGCACGACACUUUAACCAACUGAGCCAUCCAUGCUUAACUGAGCUAUCUAGGCAUGUUACAUUUUUUGGUGGUCAUGUUUUGGUGGCUUUAUCUUUUUCUUUGCUUGAUAAAUUUGUGAGUGUAUUUCUCCCUUGAAGGGUGAAGUAUUAAAUAAAUGGCAUAAAAAAAAUGAAGUGCAGUUUAUUCAGUUUUCUAUAUGAGCAACAAAAUAAGUGCAUGGUAGGGAGUUCAGUUUUAAUCAUGAGGUGUUGUUCUAUGGUAAUUCUAGGUGGAAAAGCCAUGGCAGGCUGGGAAGGAGGAAUCCGUGUCCCUGGAUUAUUUAGAUGGACAGGAAUGUUACCCGAGGGCAAGAUUAUUCAUGAACCAACCAGUCUAAUGGACAUUUUCCCUACGUUGGUUCAUCUGGCUGGCGGGACAGUACCACAGGACAGGUAUGCAAUGUGUCAAGGUAGACACUUUCCUAUAUUUACCAGUGUCUCAAAAUGGCUUGUGGUUUUAUUGUAUACAGGUGGCCGACUUCCCUUGAUAAGUAGAUAUACACAGCGGGUGGCACUGUGGUCUAAACCACUGAGCCUCUUGGGCUUGCUGAUCAGAAGGUCAGCGGUUCGAAUCCCCACAAUGGGGUGAGCUCCCCCAAGGGUGAGCUCCAACCAACCUAGCAGUUUGAAACCACGCCAGUGCAAGUAGAUAAAUAGGUACCACUGCAGUGGGAAGGUAAAUGGCAUUUCCGUGCGCUCUGGUUUCCGUCACGGCAUUCUGUUGCACCGGAAGCGGUUUAGUCAUGCUGGCCACAUGACCCAGAAAGCUGUCUGUGGACAAACACCGGCUCCCUCGGCCUGAAAGCAAGAUGAGCGCCACAACCCUAUAGUCGCCUUUGACUGGACUUAACCAUCCAGGGAUCCUUUACCUUUUUCACAUACAUAUACAUAUAUACACAUAUGCGCGUUCACACACACACACACUUGUCAUCUCAAAUUCUCAGCUCCCAAGGACUCACAUAGUGGUUACAAAUAGAAAACAAUAUUGCUUUAGAUAUAAACUAGCAGAUAUCACCCACAUUCAUUUAGCAAAUUACAUAGUUACUAUUGUUUCAAAGUUCCGAAUGCAUAACUAAUGUGGAACCAAUCCAAGGGCAAUUUGUUGAAAGCAAUCUAAGUCAUUCCCUUUGUCCCUUCAGGAUAAUUGAUGGUCGAGAUUUGAUGCCUUUGCUGCAGGGAUCAGUUCAACACUCGGAGCAUGAAUUCCUGUUUCACUACUGUGGGAUGCAUUUACAUGCAGCACGGUGGCACCAGAAGGACAGUGAGUACAUCAAAUUCCUUCAAAUUAAAAAUCUAUUUAAUUUCUGGUAAAAUAAUCAUUCACAAAACAAUGGCAAAAUAGUUAUGUUUUCUGAAGAGAUGGUGUAAUAAUAAUAGAGUCGGACUAAGGAAAUUAGUAAAGAUCAACAACGAAGAAUGAGCGACUCAAGGUCCCUCUUUAUUUUCAGCAUGUUUAUAAGGAUAAUGUAGGAUGACCACAGAUUAGGUAUAGGAGGAAGGAUUUGAUUAAGUUUGCAUUUAAAGGUGAACCUACCUUAUCUGCACUUUCUGAAACAAUGUGCAACCCAAAACACAACCAUCAUUGGAAAUUCACACUUAACCUACUUUUGCAAUUUAGUUCUCUAGCCAAGUAAUAUAUAUAUAAAAAAUGUGUAUAUUUGGCAAAAGUGUAUAUGAGGAGAAAUUCCCACCCAAAUGUCAAUGAAUUUUCAUGCGUGCUUUAAAUUUUAAAAAAAUCAAGCUGAGGGGGAACUGAAUUUAAGUUUGGGAAGGUGAAAAACUGAGAUAAUCUGAAAUUGACAGAUUUGCCAAUUGCAACAAGCUGUGUUGCUUGGAAGAUACUGGUCUCACAGUAGAAAGAAAUGUGUCCCUAUUUCACUAUUUCACAAUCUAUUAAGUCCUUUUUCAAAAUGGUGAAGCAGCAGUCACUUCUGGGUGCUGUAUUACCAUAUGCCUAGCAUGAAUUAAUGGAUUUCUUGUUUAGCAUGGUACUUGGUCUUAACAACACUUCCACAUUUCAGAUGUCUACUACUACAUUUCUCGGUCUACUUGCAUCCUCCCGUUGGGCCCCCACAUUUCGCCUAUUUCCCAUUGUGUUCUUGUAUAACAAAAGGACAGAUGCGUAAUAAGGCAUACGUCAAGAUAAUGCAUAGUGAUUAAGAGCAGAUCUUUGGGCAGCAAAAGGCUCUAGACUGUCAGUCAUUAUGGUGGCCUGGACUAUGUACCCAGGAGCAGCUCAUUUUGCAAGUAAACAUGCUGACCUGCCAUUUAAAAUUACAAGCUUGAAUGCAAAUGUUCAUCACACUGUCUGAUAUUGUAGGGAGCUUACAACACAAGCAUAACCAUGUCCAUUGAAAAAAUUGUUCUGUUUAAUUCAGCGGGGCUUCCUUCCAGAGAAAUGGGGUUAGGAUUGCAGCCUUAGUGCAGCUUCAAUGAGGCACUGUCAUGAAAUGCGGCAACAAAUCCCCCAUUCUUAAAAGCGGUGCACGUAGGACAACCUGUUUCUGGAUUGUUCUGAGAUAUAUCAUUCUACAAAAAAAGUCACUUGGCUGUGACUUUAAUAUGUAUCAAGAUGCUGGCAGGAACAAUCUCAGUGCUGAAACCAUCGACUUGGGGUGCGUGGGCUGGCUCACUAAUAAGUAAAAACUCUUUCAUAAGAAUUAACAUAGAGGCGGGAUAUGUGGCACUUCUGAUAAGGAGAAAUUUGGGGACCAUAAAGAAAAUGAGGGCUCAGCAUGAUCCAUGACCCCAGUACAAGUGAGUGAGAAAGAGGAGAAAGGGGCAGCUAUUCUAUGGGCAGUGACUUUUUCUUUUCUUACAAAUAUAUUCUGCCUUUCUUCCAUCAUGGAAACUUGGGGAGCAUGCAUGAGAUUCCAGGUGGUCUUCAGAUAUUAGCUUCAGCAAGGUAUUAGUCCCUCCAGACCAUAACAUGGGAUCUACCUUCCCCUUUAGUCACUCCUAUUAUACUAACUAGAGCAAAGGUACAUAACCAGGAAUCUGGCACAUAAAAGUUUUUUAUUUAAGGACUGCAAUUGACCAGAAGCUUUACAAAUCUGCCCUCCUCACAAGGUAUGAAUGUGUGUUUCUGUGUGUGUGUGUGUGUGUGUGUGUGUGGUGCAGCCAGUAUAAAAGACUGAGGAAAUUGUGUGUGUUAAUUAUAUGGCUUAUAAAAAUGAUGUAGCAUGCAGAAAUGGCAAGGCUAACAGGUGAAAUUAGAGAUAAGAAUGAAGAAACGUUUUCGGAGGACUGGAAGUAUUUCAGAGAAUAUUUAAAGAAAUAUUGUAGUAUCAUGAAAAUGCAAGCAGGAUUUGAAAUACGAGCAAUAGUUUAGAAAUAUCAGGAUGAAUAACUCAGGAUGGUUAAAUGUAGAGAUUAAGAAUCAAAAAUAUGAAGCAUUUAAGGGAAAACAUAGGAAAUCAUGGAAGGGUGGAAAAAUGUGUAAAAUUUGAAAAUUCAAUAAAUAGUUUUUUAAAAUAAUAAUAAUAUAUUCAUGUGGAUUCUUUCCCACCAGGUGGAAAUGUGUGGAAGGUUCAUUAUAUGACACCAAUAUUUCACCCAGAGGGAUCUGGAGGUUGUUACAAUAUAAUAUUUUGCCAAUGUUCUGGGAAAUAUGUAAGACAACACGAUCCUCCUCUGCUGUUUGAUCUCUCUCGAGACCCAUCAGAGGCUGUGUCUCUUUCACCAGACACGGAGCCCUUGUUCCAUGAAGUUCUAAAGCGCAUAGGCAGAGCUGUGGAGGAGCAUCGCAGGACCCUCACUCCUGUCCCAUCGCAGCUUUCUUUUGGCCACAAUAUCUGGAAACCAUGGCUGCAGCCAUGCUGUGGGACCUUCCCAUUCUGCUGGUGUGACAAAGAAAAGGAAAACCUAUAAAACGGACAUCAUUUUAAAGUUUCCUGUGUUAUGUGCCCUAAUAAGUUGCAAUGGAGACAAAUAGGUAGGCCAUUUCCCAGCCAGCUCACCUGGCUGGAUGCCAAGCUGCCAUGGGAUGGGGAAUAACAGGUCAAGUUAUUUUUGUGUGAUGCUUGAAGCCAGAGACAGAGACAUGUCUUGCUCUGUGCUAGACACAAGAGCUCUGGCCUGGGGCUUUGCUGGAAGCCUCAUGAGGAAGAAAGAUCUGUUGGGGAGUUAAUGCUGUGAGCCCCUCCAUCCUUUGAUCACAUUGUGUGUAUAUGUUUGUGUGUGUGUAAAUAAAACCAUAUAUCUU